AUUCCAAAAUUCCCUUCUUCAUGCAAAACUCAUUUCACUCACUCAAUCUCACUCUCUGGAUCAUCAGAGUCUGUAAAGAGGAGUGAAAGUGACAGCAGAAGACCACACGGCGUCGUUUUUGUAAUUUGUCACUGGCUUAAAUUUAGGGUUUUGGGGUCAAGCCCGCAGUGCCAGAGUACGGAAGAAGCGAAACGUUGUGGGGGGUCUUUUUGCUUACAAGUAGCUGUUGAAGCACAAACACACCCGAAGACUUGGGUAUCUUAAGGUUUCUUUAAAGGAAAUGGAGGAAGCCUCUUCCUCAACUAUUUUAGAGGGGGAGAUAACUGGAAUCAAAUUUGGUUUGGCAACUCAUCAAGAAAUCUGUACAGCAUCUAUCAGCAAUUGCGCUAUCAGCCAUGCAAGUCAGCUUUCCAACCCAUUCCUUGGCCUGCCCCUUGAGUUUGGAAAGUGUGAAUCUUGUGGCACUUCUGAAGCUGGGAAGUGUGAAGGUCAUUUCGGGUAUAUUGAGUUACCAAUACCAAUAUUUCAUCCUAAUCAUGUGAGCGAAUUGAAGCGGAUGCUUAGCUUAUUGUGCUUGAAAUGCUUGAAAAUGAAAAAGAACAAGUUUCCAACCAAGAAUGCUGGUUUAGCAGAGAGAAUGCUAUCUUCAUGUUGUGAGGAUGCUUCACAAGUGUCUAUUGGAGAGAUUAAACCAACAGAUGGUUCUUGUUCCUUGCAAUUGAAGCGGCCUUCUAAAUCAAGAACACCACCUGGUUUCUGGAAUUUCCUUGAACGAUAUGGUUUUCGUUAUGGUGAUGGCCACAUACGAACUUUGCUUCCUUGUGAGGUGAUGGAAAUGCUGAAAAGAAUCCCUCAAGAGACCAGGAAGAAACUUGCUGCUAAAGGCUAUUUUCCUCAAGAUGGAUACAUCUUGUCUCAAAUACCUGUCCCUCCAAACUGUUUGUCUGUGCCUGAAAUUUCUGAUGGUGUUAGUGUUAUGUCUGCGGAUCCUUCAAUAUCAAUGCUAAAAAAAGUUCUAAAGCAAGUUGAAAUCAUAAGAAGUUCAAGGUCUGGCAUACCGAAUUUUGAAUCUCAGAUUGUUGAAGCGAAUGAAUUGCAAGCAAUAAUUGAUCAGUAUCUUCAAGUUAGGGGUACUGGAAAGCCAUCACGCGAUAUUGAUGCAAGAUUUGGUGUAAACAAGGAGCUUAAUGCCUCUUCAACAAAAGCAUGGCUUGAAAAGAUGAGGACAUUGUUCAUUAGAAAGGGUUCAGGCUUCUCUUCCCGCUCAGUGAUUACUGGGGAUGCAUUUAGAAGGGUGAAUGAAGUUGGCAUCCCAUAUGAAAUUGCUCAAAGAAUCACAUUUGAGGAGAAGGUUAAUGAUCAUAACAUUAGGUAUCUACAAGAGCUGGUAGAUAGCAAGUUGUGCCUAACCUAUAAGGAUGGUUCAUCGACGUACUCACUCAGGGAAGGUUCAAAGGGGCACACAUUUCUGAGGCCUGGUCAAGUGGUUCAUCGUAGAAUAAUGGACGGGGAUCUUGUUUUUGUAAAUAGGCCCCCAACCACCCAUAAACAUUCUCUGCAAGCACUCCAAGUGUAUGUGCACGAUGACCAUGUGGUGAAAAUCAACCCUCUCAUUUGUGGGCCACUUAGUGCCGACUUUGAUGGUGAUUGCAUCCACCUGUUCUAUCCCCAGUCGCUUGCUGCAAAGGCAGAAGUCUUGGAGCUUUUUUCAGUGGAGAAGCAGCUGCUUAGCUCUCAUAGUGGAAAGCCAAAUUUGCAAUUGGCCACUGAUGCACUAUUGUCAUUAAAGAUGAUGUUCAAGAAAUAUUUUUUGGACAAAGCAGCAGCACAGCAACUGGCCAUGUUUGCAUCAUCUUCAUUGCCACGACCGGCUUUACUGAAAGCAAAUUCUGCUCAUUCAUAUUGGACUGCUUUUCAGAUAUUACAGACUGCAUUGCCAGCUCACUUUGACUGCAAUGGCGACAACUACUUGGUCAACAAAAGUGAGAUACUGAAUAUUGAUUUUAGCACAAGUUCUGUAGCAGCUGUGAUGAAUGACAUUGCUACCUCUGUUUUCUUUGAGAAAGGUGGUGAAGCUGUUCUGAAAUUCUUUGAUUCUCUACAGCCCUUGCUGAUGGAGAAUUUAUUUUCAGAAGGGUUUAGUGUUGGUUUGGAAGAUUUUUCCAUGUCCAGGGCAUCCAUACAAGACAUUCAGAAGAAUAUUCAGGAUAGUUCUGAUUUGUUGUAUCAUUUGAGGUCAACAUACAAUGAGUUUGUAGAGUUUCAAUUGCAGAAUCGCAUCAGAAGUGUGAAAGUACCAGUUUCACAUUUUAUCUUGGAGUCAUCUGCAUUGGGUGAUUUAAUUGACUCCAAGAGUGAUUCAGCCAUUAACAAAAUUGUUCAACAAAUUGGGUUUCUAGGCCUGCAACUUUCUGAUAAAGGAAGAUUCUACUCUAAGACAUUGGUUGAGGAUGUGGCCUCUCUGUGUCAUAGUAAAUAUCCAUCUGACAUUGAUUAUCCCUCUGCCGAAUAUGGACUAGUUCAAAGCUGUUUUUUUCAUGGGUUAGAUCCAUAUGAGGCGAUAGUUCACUCCAUUGCUACACGAGAGGUGAUUGUUCGGUCCUCAAGAGGAUUGUCUGAACCUGGGACUCUAUUUAAAAAUUUAAUGGCCAUUCUUCGCGAUGUUGUUAUUUGCUAUGAUGGCACCGUCAGAAAUGUCUGUAGCAACUCAAUAAUCCAAUUUGAGUAUGGAGUCAAUACUGGAUCUAGGCACCAGCAUUUAUUCCCUGCUGGUGAACCUGUUGGGGUGUUAGCUGCAACUGCAAUGUCAAAUCCUGCGUAUAAGGCAGUUCUGGAUUCUACCCCAAGCAGCAACUCUUCAUGGGAGCUGAUGAAGGAAAUUCUGCUUUGCAAAGUCAAUUUUAAGAAUGAGCUCAUUGAUCGCCGUGUAAUUUUGUACUUGAAUAACUGUGGUUGUGGAAGAAAGUACUGCCGAGAACGUGCAGCAUGUUUGGUUAAGAAUCAGUUGAAGAAAGUCAGUCUUAAAGAUACUGCAGUCGAAUUUAUGAUUGAAUAUAACAAUCAGCUUUCUGGUUUGGGAAGUCUGGUAAAUGAUGCAGGCCUUGUUGGUCAUAUUCAUCUCAAUGAGGAUAUGUUACGAGAGUUAAACGUUGGUGUUCACGAUAUUCUUCAAAAAUGCCAAGAAACUAUUAAUUCAUUUCGGAGGAAGAAAGUUGGAAAGAAGAAGUUCAACAUUGGUUAUCAUUUUAAAAAUACAGUUUUGUUUGCCAGUGAACAUUGCUCCUUUCAUCAUUCCUCUGCAGAAAAAAGAUCCGACUCCCCAUGCUUGAUGUUCUUCCUUCAAGCAACUGAUGAUUUGGAGACCACUACCACUUUGCAAUACUAUGCGGACUUGAUUUGCCCUGUUCUUUUAGAAACAAUAAUAAAAGGUGACCCUCGUAUUGGCUCAGCCAAUAUAAUUUGGAUUGAUCCAGAUACAACAACUUGGAUUAGAAGCCCAAACAAAUCUCAGAAGGGUGAAUGGGCCUUGGAUGUUGUUCUGGAGAAAUCGGUCAUCAAGCAAAGUGGUGAUGCAUGGAGAACAGUGCUCGAUUCUUGCCUUCCAGUGCUUCACCUAAUUGACACCAGACGUUCCAUCCCGUAUGCCAUCAAACAAAUUCAAGAAUUGUUGGGGGUGUCUUGUGCUUUUGAUCAAGCAGUUCAGCGCCUCUCAACGGCAGUGACAAUGGUGGCAAAAGGUGUUCUGAAAGAGCAUCUUAUCCUCCUGGCAAAUAGCAUGACAUGUGCAGGAAAUUUCGUGGGAUUCAAUUCGAGUGGGUACAAAGCACUAUCUCGGGCAUUGAAUAUUCAAGUACCAUUUACAGAAGCAACACUGUUUACACCAAGAAAGUGUUUUGAGAGAGCAGCUGAAAAGUGCCACAUGGAUUCAUUGGCAAGCAUAGUUGCAUCAUGUUCCUGGGGUAAACAUGUUGCUGUGGGUACGGGCGCGAGGUUUGAUGUCCUGUGGGACACAAGAGAGGUAGAAUUUACUCAAGAGGGUGGACUUGAUGUUUUCAACUUUCUGCAUAUGGUGAGCACUGCAAACGUAGAAGAAGAAACUACAGGAGCUCUCGGUGCAGAAGUUGAUGAUCUAAUGCUAGUUGAUGAAAUGGCAGAUUCAAGCUUCUCGCCAGAACUUAACUCCAGUUUUGAUAGGCCCGUCUUUGAAGAUCUUGUUGAAUUUGAUGAUAAAUUAGGAGAUCUUCCCGAAAAAUCAAACUGGGAAAAGGAUUCCUCCUUCCACACUGAUUCUAGUGGGGGGAAAGACUGGAGCGUUGACAAAAAUGUGGGAACUGUAGCAGUUCCUGACGUUUGGUCAAGCUGGGGUACAGAGAAAGGGAAAACACAAGAUAGCAACUCAGCAGAAGCCCAGUUGGAUUCCAAGAAAUCCAGUGUUUUGGAUACCUCGUCUGCGUGGGGGAAAAAUCCAGCAAAAGAAAAUACGACAUCUACAUGGGGGACAACUACGGCAAGUGAAAAUGAUUGGUGUGGUAGAGGGGUAAGUGAGGAUGAUUCUGCAAGCUUGUCUGGGAAGAAAUCUGGUGUUUUGAAUACCUCAUCUGCGUGGGCGACAAAUACUGCCAGAGAAGAUGCUGCAUCUGCCUGGGGAACAAAUCCAGCAAAAGAAAAUACCACAUCCACAUGGGGCACAACUAUGGCAAGUGAAAAUGAUUGGUGUGGUAGAGGGGUAGGUCAGGAUGAUUCUGCAAGCUUGUCUGGGAAGAAAUCCAGUGUUUCGGAUACCUCGUCUGCGUGGGCGGCAAAUACUGCCAGAGAAGAUGCUGCAUCUGCCUGGGGGAAACAUCCAGCCAAAGAAAAUACCACAUCUACAUGGGGCACAACUAAGGCAAGUGAAAAUGAUUGGUGUGGUGGAGGGGUAGGUCAUGAUGAUUCUGCAAGCUUGUCUGGGAAGAAAUCCAGUGUUUUAAAUACCUCAUCUGUGUGGGCGGCAAAUACUGCCAGAGAAGAUGCUACAUCUGCCUGGGGGAAAAAUCCAGCAAAAGAAAAUACCACAUCUACAUGGGGGACAACUACGGCAAGUGAAAAUGAUUGGUGUGGUAGAGAGGCAGGUAAAGUUGAACCAGUAGACCUCCAGCCUACAAAACCCCAGGAUGAUUCUGCAAGCUUGUCUGGGUGGGAUUCACCUACUGGAGAUGGGAAUUCUGGUGAAAGAAAUCAUCAGUGGGGACAGCAUCGUGGAGACCAAACAAAGAAAAAUCGUUUUGAAGGUGCAAGGAAUUGGGUUUCAAGUCCUGGGGAAUGGAAGAAUAAGAACCGUCCUCCUAAGUCACCUGGAAUGGUGAAUGACAAUUCUACAAUGGGUGCAUUGUAUACUGUAACAAGACAGAGAUUGGAUAUGUUCACUUCCGAGGAGCAAGAUGUUCUUUCUAAUAUUGAACCAGUUAUGCGCUCCCUCCGAAGGAUAAUGCAUCAAUCUGGGUACAAUGAUGGGGAUCCACUGUCAGGUGACGAUCAAUCGUUUGUACUUGAUAAUGUCUUCAAUUACCACCCGGAUAAAGCAGCUAAAAUGGGUUGUGGAAUUGAUCAUCUCACAGUUAAUAGGCAUGGUAGUUUCCAGGACAGCAGAUGCUUCUUUGUUGUGUCAACAGAUGGUCGUACGGAAGAUUUUUCAUAUAGGAAAUGCCUGGACAAUUACAUAAGGGAAAAGUUCCCUGAUGUAGCUGAAACUUUCAUUGGCAAGUAUUUCUCUAGGAGAGGGAAUCGAGAGCGGAACCCAACUCUAAGUCAAACCCCCACUCUAAGUCAAACCUCCACUCCAGAGCAAACUGAGAAUGCGGAGACGCAGUAGAACAUGUCUAUUUCCUGGGCAUGUGUCAUUUUGAGAUUCUCAUGUAAUUAGGUGUAAACAUUCUGCUCCUCUGUUUUUUGAUUUGUAUAUAUUAGGCAGUUGUUAGCAGCUCCUGAAAAACUCAGUUUGUUUUCUUUUUUCUUUUUCUGGGUUUGAUCUUAGAGCAUUUUAGUUAACCUGUUGGUAACUACUGGAUGCGGUUAAACUAAACCCUUAAUUGGGAGAUAUUGCAGGUAAAAAAUCAAUUGUCGAUGAAAUGCGGAAGUGUUACCAAUAUCGUUC